UAGCGAUUGGUUGCCGAUGCGGAAGGGCGGAGUCGUGACUGGAGCAAGUCCUUUUGACGUCGGAUGCGCCUGAGACCAUGCAGGACUAUCAGAACUUACCAAUUGAUAUACAGACGAGCAAAUUGCUUGAUUGGCUAGUGGACAGGCGACACUGCAACCUGAAAUGGCAGGGUCAAGUCCGGACUGUCCGUGAGAAGAUUGCUGCCGCCAUCCAAGACAUGCCAGAAAAUGAAGAAAUAAAGCAGCUUCUUUCUGGUUCCUAUAUUCACUAUUUUCACUGCCUGAGGAUUGUGGAGAUACUUAGGGGGACAGAAGCUUCCACUAAAAACAUCUUUGGUCGUUAUUCUUCUCAGCGAAUGAAGGACUGGCAAGAAAUUGUAUCACUGUAUGAAAAAGACAAUACGUACUUAGUGGAACUGGCAAGCCUUCUGGUGCGAAAUGUGAACUAUGAGAUCCCUUCUCUCAAAAAGCAGAUUAGUAAAUGCCAGCAACUCCAGCAGGAAUAUAGUCGCAAAGAGGAAGAGUGCCAGUUGGCGGCCACUGAGAUGAGGGAGCGCUUCUAUACUUCCUGCAAACAGUAUGGAAUUAUGGGGGAUAAUGUGCACCGGGAGCUUGUGGCCUUGGUGAAAGACCUGCCAUCACAGCUCAAUGAGAUCGGGACAGGUGCCAGUGGGCUUUCAGAAGCCAUCGACCUCUACCAAGCCUGUGUACAAUUUGUAUGUGACAAUUCCACAGAGCAAGUGGUCCCAUUACUCAGACAUAUGCAGGUUCGGGGCAACACAACUAUUUUUGAAUGGAGGAGAGGAGUCAAGCCAACUUCAGUAGAACGGCCGAAGACAGAAGAAGUGAAAGAAGAGACAGAGGAUGAGGCAGCGAUAGACUGGGGUGACUUUGGAGCAGAGCCACCAUCUGCCUCUGUAACAGACGAUUAUGGCAUCUCAGUUGAAGGAACAAGUGAUGACAUAGACUGGGGGAUUUCUUUGGAGUCUGAAACUCAAGAGAGCAGUGCUGCUGGCAUAGACUGGGGAGAUCAGACCGAAGAGGCUGCUGCUCAGAUUGUGGUGAUGGAGGCUAGCAGUGAUGCCCCAGAGGGAAUUGCAAAAGGACCUGAUGCUCUCACCAUCCUAGAAACUCCAGACACCCGGAAUCAGUUCAUUGAUGAGCUCAUGGAGUUGGAGAUCUUCCUUUCCCAGCGCAUUGUUGAGACGAGUGAAGAGGCCGACAUUUUAGCUGUGAGCCAGUUCCAACAAGCUCCUCCCAUCCUGCAAGACCAGACCAAAGAGAAAUUGGAGGCCAUGGUGGCAACUAUCCAGCAUCUUCUUGGACAGUUGACCAGUCUAAAGAUGCAACAUCUUUUUAUGAUCCUUGCUUCCCCAAGAUAUGUGGAUCGUGUGACUGAGCUCCUUCACCAGAAAUUGAAACAGGCUGACCUGUUGCUUCUGAAAAAGGAUCUGAUGAUUAAGAAACGGCAGGAGGCACUGGAAGAACAGGCUAGCCUGGAGCCAAAGCUGGACAUCCUUGUGCAGAAGACCAGAGAAUUACAGAAACUGAUUGAGGCUGACAUCUCUAAACGAUACACUGGCCGGCCUGUGAACCUGAUGGGUGCUUCUCUCUAACACCUUUCAUCGUGAACGUAUUCACCUAAGACUCUGUGGGGUUGGAAAAACAGAAUGUUAGCUACAGCCUCAACCAAAGAGAAAGGAUGUCAAGGACAAGAACUAAGGAAAAGGGAUGCCAACUGGAUAAUUUCCAGGAGUAUGGGGCUACCUCCAUUCUGCGUGGAGUUGUAAGCAUUUCUAACAGAUCAUUGUUGGUUGAAUAAAGCUGCUGCUUUCAUAAUGUU